UCCGAGCCACCGUCCACUACACUACCCACUCAACCUCCGACAACUGCGUGCAAAGCAUCUAUUUGCGAGAUUAUCUACAGCAAUGUCUUUGAAGUAUGCAAUACAAUAAUCGAAGCCCUGCCAUUCUACGAGGCCUGUUAUUAUGAUGUUUGCCACAUGCCGGGCAACAGGAUUGGCUGCUCCAGUUUGGAAGUGUACGCCUCCAUGUGCAAGACUGCAGGAGUCUGCGUGGACUGGAGGAACUCUACUGAUGGGAAAUGCGAUUACUCCUGCCCACCAACAAAGGAGUACCGUGCAUGCGGACCAAAUGUGCAGCCUACUUGCAACUCCAAUGACGAUGAAAAACACAUUGACCAAAAUAAACCCAUCAGAAGCUGGUUCACUGAAGGCUGCUUCUGUCCAAAUGGGACCACCCUGUUCAACUCCUUCACCGAUGUCUGUGUCUCCUCCUGUGCUUGCACUGGUGCUGAUGGCAUGCCCAAACAGCCUGGUGAGACGUGGCACAGUAACUGCCAGGACUGUGUCUGUGACAGAGACUCGAUGAGUGUCCAGUGCAAGCCCCACGUGUGCACAGAAGAGUCGCCUGUGACUUGCUCCAUGGAGGGACAGGAGCGAGUGACCGAGCCAGUCGGCCCGUGCUGCAACAAGACCAUCUGCAAAUGCAAUGUGGACCUCUGCCCGAAAACACAGCACAGCUGUGACCCAGGGUUCCAGCUAGUGAUCAGUAUGUCGGAGCAUGGCUGCUGUCCAGAAUAUACAUGCGUGCCCAAGAAUGUCUGCGUGUUCAACAACACGGAAUAUCAGCCUGGAUCCAAUGUUCCUACGGACACGUGUGAAACGUGUUGGUGCAGCUACGAAAUGGACUCAGCCACCAAACUGCAAGCCAUUGAUUGCGUGCCAAUGCGCUGUGACACCGAAUGCCAGAUUGGCUUCAGCUAUGAGGCAAUCCCCGGUAUGUGCUGUGGAGAGUGUGUCCAGAAGGAAUGUGUCGUCAUGCUGCCAGACCAAACAGCUCACUUGAUCCAGCCUGGACAAGUCUGGAUAAGCCCUGAUAACAACUGCACCAAAUACAAGUGUGACAAGAAUAAAGACCAGCUAGGACUAACUGAGAUCAACAUCUUCUGUCCUGCAUUCAACCCUGAAGACUGCAUCCCGGUAAGUUUUCAACCAAAAAAAACCCAAAAAACCUUACGGCAGUUGAAAAGGAUAAGCUGGUCUACAUUGUGAUACCUUUUAAUACGAUCAGCUGAAUACACUCGCUUUGGAGUCCACAAAGGUCUCUUCUUCAGGCGAGGAGUGUUAAAGGUAAACUCCAGUUUGGCUUUAAUUUUACAAGGCUAAACUCACCUGU